AUGGAGUCCGGAGAGCGGCUGGCCUCCCCUGUGCCCACCCUGUCUGCGGCGCGCACCUCCUCCCCCGCGGCCUCUUCCUCCUCCUCUUCCUCUUCCUCACCCGCACCUCACUCCAAGAGCAGCCUGGCCCAGAGCCCCUCUGGACUGGCAUCCACCCUCAGCAACUCUGGGCGUCUGUUUGGGGCUGCAGGGGAACAGCCUUUCAUUGGCUCCACAUUGUCAAGUGCCUUCCCUUUGGUGAACCAUCCAGCCUUUGGAGCGCUGUACACUGCCGGAGCCGGACGUCCCGAGUUUGGAGGUCUGGGCUCCCUGGGCAUGUCCGCCGCUCUGGCUGCUCAUCCCCAGUUAGGAGCCCUCUCUGAGUGGUGGAGAGCUGCCGAGGCUCAUGGACGAGGAGCCGCUGCCUUCCUCCCGUCUUUCAUCGGGUUCCCUCCAUUUUUUACUCCUCACAUUCAGCCCAACCACAGCGCCAGUCCAGUCCAAAUGAGGCUGCCCAGCAAAAACAGCCAUUCCCCACCUAAAGGAGUGAAUGGAGCGGUGAACGGCAGUGUGGUCUGUCCUCCCUCCACACACUCCGGGAGCUUCUCCUCGAGUCCGGCUCCGGUUCAGACUUCUGCCAAACCAACCAAACAUUCAGAACCCUCCAAUAGUCAUCGUAGCAGCCCCCCCAACAAGCCAACAGCGGAGAAGAUGCACAAAACUAAAGAGAAGAAGUCCCGUAAAAAGCCAGCCGACGGCUCCACAGCCAGCCACAGUGAAUCAGGUUCCUCAUCGGACCUCUCGAGCGACGGGUCCCUCAGCAGUGACCUGGAGGAUCUGCCUGAGGAUGAUGAAGAUGACGAUGAUGAUGAGGAGGAUGAAGAGGAUGAGGACAAAUCAGGCGAAUUCUUGGACUCAGACAAACGAGCCAAGAAGAAAUCAAAAGUUUUAACACAAAACGGCGCAAAGAUGGCAGAUGCCCAGUCCAUGACAGAACCCAAAACCCCAAAGCUUUCCUCCAACCCUCCGACCCUGGUGCCCAUGACCCGUUCUGGAUCGCCCCCCGUUUUGUCCCAAACCACAUCCCUGCUGCACAACUCCAGGCCACGCACAGAGCAGCACUUCAGCGUCAUCCAGUCCACCGGUUUGGCCGCCAGCACCAAGCCCAUGGCGCUGGUCACGCACAGGGAGUCUUCCCCGUCCUCCUCCCCCAUCGCGCUCACCACUUCCCCCAAGGCUGUGUCCCGCACGCUCUCCCCUAAAAUGCUGCCCUCCUCGUCUCCGCAGCACCAGCCCCUGUCCCUCUGCUCGUCCCCCAAACCCCUCUCGGUGCCCUCCCCUCCGCGCUCAGCCCUUCCGGUGUCUACCUCCCCAAAAUCCUUUGCUAUGACCUCGCCAGUAACAAGCUCCCACAAGCGGUCGCUGAAGCCACCUCAGUACAUCACAGGAGGCAAGCCCAGCAAAAGGAAGCUGCUGGAGGCUUCACUGGCACAAAUCAAUGAGUUCAGGCUCAAACAGACUCUCGGGUCACAGGGGCAGUUGUUCCCGACUGAGCUUAAAAAGCAAACGGGACCUAAGUCUCCCAAGAGGACUUCUCUGUCUCCACUGCCUCCCGUGCCUGCUCCCCAGAACAAUCACUCCAACUUGUUCCUCUCCAGUGCCCUGUUGGGGCUCCCCGAACCCCACCACCCCAAUGGAGUCAUCCAAAGCACCACUCAGGACGCACCUUUGGCCCUCAUCACCAAACCACGUAAAGACUCGGCUUCCCAUGGCAAGUUGUCUCAGUGCGACUCCGAUAGUGGGUCAAUGCCUGUCAAUCUCAGCACAGGGGCCAGCCGCACCCAGUCACAGCCCCCCUCUACCUCACCCCACGGAUCCAUAAAGAACAAGAGCCUUCUGGGUAAGGGGCACAGCCUAGGGCAGGCUCAAGCAGACGCGUUAGCCGCCUGGAAGGGCUUGCCCCAAAACCAUUUGGUGCAGUCUUUGGUGGAUUUGUUUCGAGGAGGAGAGUCUGGUAUUGGAAUUCCUGGGGUCAGUAUUCCAGGAGUGGGAAUACCGGGAGUGGGGCUCCCAGGGACAUGUAACCCCACUGCGGGACUCCCAGCCAACAAGGAAUCUGACGACUCUGGAGACGACGAUGAUGACGAGGACGAUGAUCUGGAGGAGGAAGAUGAGGAGGACUCAGAUGACAGUCUGUCAGAGUCUGACAGUAACUCCGACAGUGACAUCUCUGGAAAGAAAGCUAAGGAUUUGAAGGUCCCUUCUGGAUCCAAAAAGGAGUCCUCGUCCCGCCGGCCAACCAAAGGCGCAGAACUACUGAACACCUCAUCCAAUCACACAGCCACCAGCUGCUCCCCUCUGAACCUGCAGGUGAUCAAGAGUCCCAUCGUCUCCAGCUCCAGUGCCUUGGCCUAUCACAGCUCUCCAGGCUCCUCCUACAGCCUGGCAUCUCCAUUAGGUUUAGUCAAAAAGAAGCGGGUGAUGGAUGAGAAGGACUUCAUGCUGCCUUUGGAGCUGGGAUGGAGGAGAGAAACAAGAAUCAAAUCAGUGGCAGGACGUCCCCAGGGAGACGUGGCCUACUAUGGUCCUUGUGGGAAGAAGCUGAGGCAGUACCCAGAUGUGAUGAAGGGUUUACAGUGGAGCCUGUUGAAGGAAGAUGACGUGAUUCCUCAUAUCUUGGCUAUGGAGGGUCGGCGGGGACGAACUCCGAACUCUGAGCGUCAGUUAGGAUCUGACGGUGCCAAAGGUUCCAGGCGGAGGAAGGGACGACCCCCCAAUGUAGGCGACCCCUUAGUACCAGAGGGGCCCAGUCCGAGUGAGGUCAAGCUCUUACGGAAAUUAGAGGCGCAAGAAAUAGCCAGACAAGCUGCCCAGAUGAAACUGAUGAGAAAACUGGAAAAGCAAGCAAUGGCGCGUGCAGCCAAAGAAGCUCGGAAACAGCAAGCAAUCAUGGCAGCUGAGGAGAGGAGGAAACAGAAAGAGCAGAUCAAGAUCCUCAAGCAGCAGGAAAAGAUCAAGCGAAUUCAGCAGAUUCGAAUGGAGAAGGAACUCAGGGCGCAGCAGAUUUUGGAGGCAAAACGCAGGAAGAAGGAAGAAGCCACCAAUGCCAAAAUAUUAGAAGCUGAGAAACGCAUAAAGGAGAAAGAGAUGAGGAGGCAGCAGUCUGAGAUCCUAAAACAUCAGGAGUUGGAGAGGCAUAGACUAGAUAUGGAGAGAGAGAGGAGGCGGCAACACGUAAUGCUGAUGAAAGCUGUAGAGGCUCGCAAGAAAGCAGAGGAGCGAGAGCGCGUGCGGCAGGAGAAAAGGGACGAAAAACGCUUGAACAAAGAGCGUAAACUGGAGCAGAGGCGGUUAGAGCAAGAGCUGGCCCGAGAGCUGAAGAAGCCAAAUGAAGAUAUGUGUCUCUCUGACCAUAAGUCUCUGCCACAGUUCUCCCGGAUCCCGGGUCUGAUCCUGCCGGGCUGCGCCGUGUCCGACUGCCUGAUGUUGAUGCAGUUCCUCCGGGGUUUCGGAAAGGUUUUGGGGCUGGACUUGAAUACAGAUGUCCCCACUCUGGGCAUGCUACAGGAGGGUCUGCUCAAUGUGGGCGACAGCAUGGGCCAAGUGCAGGACCUGCUUGUCAAAAUGCUGUCGCUGGCUGUCUGCGAUCCGGGUCUCCCGCCUGGACAAAAGACAAAGACCAUGCUUGGGGACCACCUGACCAAUGUGGGCAUUAACCGGGACAACGUUUCGGAGGUGCUGCAGAUGUACAUGGGAGCUCACUGUGCCAACACAGACAUGGCUCCUCUGGCUCUCAGUCUGAAGACCAAGGCCUUUCAAGCUCACACGCCCGAGCAGAAGGCCUCUAUCCUGGGGUUUCUCGCCAACGAACUGGCCUGUAGUAAAGCCGUCAUCAGUGAGAUUGACAAAAGCUUGGAUCAGAUGGCGAACAUGCGGAAAGACAAGAUCAUUAUGGAGGGGAAACUCAAGAAACUGCGGAUUAUCUACGCCAAGCGCACGGGGAAGAGAGAGGCCAGUGCGGGUGUGGAGGAGACUCAGUCAGUGGGGACGCCAUCCUCCGCCACAAAACGAAAGAGAAAAAUGGCUGACAGCGACGAUGAGGAGGAUGAUGACGACGACAGCGAUGAUCAAGCGGAUGAUGAUGAUGAUGAUGAGGAAGAAGAGAUCAAAAAGGUCAAGAAAAUGGAAGCCUAUGACGAGGAUGACGUCGAUCACGCCACUAGUAUUGAAGAGCUGGAGAAGCAGAUAGAGAAACUCGCCAAGCAACAUCACCAAAUCAGACGAAAGCUGUACGAGAUCUCUCACUCUCUGCGCGCCAUGAUGUACGGACAGGACCGGUACCGCCGCAGAUACUGGGUUUUGCCCCACUGUGGAGGAGUCUUCAUUGAGGGGAUGGAGAGCGGAGAAGUAGCGGAGGAGCUGGAGGAGGAGCGACAAAGGCGCAAACGAGCCGAGGAGGAGGUCAAAGUCAAAGACGAACCGCUAGAAAUCGAGUUGCAGAAGGACAAACUGACAGAAAGCCACGCAGAGAAGGAGGAGGCGAGAGAGGAUAAGACAGACUCUCUUCAUUACCAGCAAUCCGGCAGUGUUGUCAAGGUGUGCCCAAAACGGGACAGUAAUAACCACACUGGGAGCAGCAAAGUGAAGGAGGAGGACAAGGAGAGCCUCCAUAGUCCCACAGACACACCCACGUCUCCCACACGCAAUACCUCCGAGCAUUCUGUAGCUCAAAUCACAACCAUAACUACUAAUGACACCACAAACUCCCCUGUUCUCUCUUCCACCACUGGUUCCGUGUUGUGUUCCCCACCCUCGGCCAUGUAUGACAGCGCAGCUCUCCAAAACUUCUCGCCGUCUCUGCAGCUGCCGUUUCAGACUAACGAUCAGCUGCUGCGCGUGCUCACGGAGAGGAGCGGCCACUGGUUUAGUCUGCUGCCGCGCUCGCCCUGUGACAUGUCCUCGAUGACCACGUCGCCUCCUGGAGCGGCGCGCGUGUCUCCGCAGGCGUCCUCCACCCCAGCAAGGCCCAAGUCGUCCUCGCCCGCUCUGCCCAUUACCCCGUCUGCCGCAUCCGCCUCAGCAAGCCCGCAUCACCCGGCAACCCUGCUCAACUACCCCCUCUCUGCGGUGCAGUUGAAGCCCGGCUCUUCUCUUCUGGGCUUGUCUUUUGGAAGUUGGUCCAGCGGCAUGCUCAGUCCCAGCCUUCCUCUGAGCACCAGCCCGAUGCCUGCUCAAUGUCUGGAGAACAACAUGACCGCCAGUGUAUCCAGUAAGAGUGAGUCUCCAGUCCACCGGGUCGAGAAACCCUCCUCUAUGCCUUCUCCUGCGCUGGAGCUACCAAAGUCCCCAGACCACCCCACACCUCGGCCCAUCCCAGAAGAGAUGCUGACAGGCUGGUGGCGAGUGUCUGACAUGGAGGAUCUCAAGGCCCUGGUGGAGGCUCUGCACAGUCGGGGCAUCAGGGAGAAGGGGCUCCAGCGGCAGAUACAGAAAUACAUGGAAAUCAUCCCCCAGGUCUGCACCAAGCACAAAGACGCGGCCAUGAUUGAGCUGCGGGAUCUGGAGGAGAGCCAGGUGAGUGAGGAGUCCGUACGUGGCUGGUGUGUGGAGGAGCAGGCCAUGGAGAUGGACAUCGCGGUGCUACAGCAGGUGGAAGAGCUGGAGAGGAAAGUCGCUGCAGCCAGUCUACAGGUCAAGGUACUUCAAGGCUGGACGUAUCCGGACCCGCAAUCGGAGCGUGAGGACCUGGUGUACUAUGAACACAAACCCCUGACAAAAGCUACUGCAACCUCAGGAAGUGACAAGGACUCAAAGGACUCAAAGGACUCCAAAGACUCCAAGGACUCGCGGGAGCACCCGGAGGAGCGCAGCGAGAAGGGUGGGGUGGUGCGUCACCCCGACAACCCUCUGGACAUAGCAGUGACGCGUCUGGCCGAUCUGGAGCGCAACAUCGAGAGAAGGUACCUGAGGAGCCCCUUAGGUACCACCAUUCAGAUCAGGCUGGAUAAUGUGGGUACGGUCACAGUCCCUGCUCCUGCCCCAUCCACUAGUGCUGACAGGGAAGGUGGAGAGGAGGAAGUGGCCCAUGGGAUGAAGGUCUGGAGGAAGGCUCUCACCGAGGUCCGCAGUGCUGCACAACUAGCCAUGUGCAUUCAGCAGCUGCAGAAGUCUAUCGCCUGGGAAAGAUCUAUCAUGAAAGUGUACUGUCAGAUCUGUAAGAAGGGUGAUAAUGAGGACCUCUUGCUGCUGUGCGACGGCUGUGACAAGGGCUGCCACACCUACUGCCACAAACCCAAAAUCACCACUAUCCCAGAAGGGGACUGGUACUGUCCCGCAUGCAUAUCCAAGGCAAGCAGCCCCACACCUAAAAACAAAAAGCCUCAAAGCAAACCUGUAGCAUCCACUGGCAGUAAUAAGAAGGCCGAAGCAAAGAAGAACGCCAAACAAGCUGGGAAUGGCGAGGUGCCCGAGGAAGACGUGGCCAGCGCCAACGGCACCCCCAAAAAGGGAGCAAAAGACAACAACAGGAAGAGGAAGAGCGAGGAGAGCUGCCCUCCCCCACAAGCAGCCAAUCAGGAGAGCCCGGCCAGCGUCAAGCGGGCCAAGACGGCACGAGACAACAACCGCGACCUGGGCUUGUGCAGGGUGCUUCUUGCAGAGUUAGAGAGACAUCAGGACGCGUGGCCGUUCCUCACUCCGGUCAACCUCAAGUCAGUCCCCGGCUACAAGAAGGUCAUCAAGAAACCCAUGGACUUUUCUACAAUAAGAGAAAAGCUUGUCAGUAGCCAAUAUCAAAACCUGGAGACUUUUAUCAUUGACGUCAACCUGGUGUUUGAUAACUGCGAAAAAUUCAAUGAAGACAAUUCAGACAUUGGUCGAGCUGGUCACAACAUGAGGAAGUUUUUCGAGAAGCCGGAGCCGAGUGACGGGAUAACGCCGCAGAACGGCCCACCUUUCCAAAUGGUGUCUCUGAUUUGCACUUUACAAGACCACAGAGAUGAUGUCAACUGGUGUGCGUUUUCGGCCAGUCUACUAGCGACCUGCUCCGGGGACAAGACCCUCAGAAUCUACAACACGAAGGACUUUUCUGAGCUGCCAUUCUCCCCGCUCACAGGACAUGGCUAUGGGGUGCACUGCUGUUGCUUUAGUCCUUGUGGUCAAUUCCUCGCCUCCUGCUCCACCGAUGCCACCGUGGUGAUCUGGGCCAUGGUGUCCGGGGAGAUAGAGGGGAUUUUGGAACAUCCUGGACGCAGCCCGGUCCGAGUCUGUGCCCUCUCCCCGGACUCCACUCACCUUGUGUCGGGAGCUUCGGACGGGACUUUGGCUCUGUGGGACUUUCCUUCCAGACAAUUUUGCAGGGCCGGAGCGGUGCCUGACACAACAAUGGUGGCCUGCUCGUUCACUCCCUGCAGCCAGUUCUUUGUGACCGGAUCAACGUACGGAGACCUGCGCCUUUGGGACCUGGACAUGAAUCAAAAACAUGCCGAGAAAAACGCACACGAUCUGGGAGUGAGCUGCUGCACCUUCUCCCCAGACAUCCACAGCGGGGGUGCAGUGGUGCAGGUUCGCCUAGCGUCCUGCGGUCAAGACAGUCUUCUAAAGAUCUGGGUCAUCACCAAACUCACCAGUGGAGCCGUCAAGAUGCAGUUACUCCAUUCUCUCACUGCUCAGUCGGCCCCAGUACUUUCCUGUGCUUAUUCUGCUGAUGGACAACUACUCGUGUCUGGAUCCGUUGACAAAACCGUUACAGUUUAUGAUGCUACAAAUGCUACUUUACUCUACACCUUAAAUCAACAUGACAGAUAUGUAACUGCAUGUUCCUUCUCACCAACUUCACCGAUCAUUGCCACUGGAUCCAUGGAUAAAACCGUAAACAUAUGGAAGAUAGAGGAUGGAUGCAGUGGCCAAGAGGGAAAGUCAUUAAAUGCAGAGAUCACUUUUGCAUCAAAACAAGGGAGGGCGUCUUCAGGGCUGUCCAAGCUGCUGGUCAGUGAUUGGUCGGAGGAGGACGUGUCUGUGUGGCUGGGGGACGAAGGCCUCGAGGGAUUGGUGGAAGCGUUCAAAGCCAAUAACAUAGACGGGACAGAGCUUCUGGGACUGACCAAGGAAACACUGGCAUCGGAUCUGUGCAUAGAGUCGGUGGGGCUGCGGAGUAAGUUGUUGAGGAAAAUCGAGGAACUGAAGAGCGAAAGUGUGUGUAGCGGAGUUCCAGACGAGUUCCUGUGUCCAAUCACACGAGAGCUUAUGAAGGACCCAGUCAUCGCCGCCGACGGAUACUCGUAUGAAAGAGAGGCCAUCGGGAGCUGGAUCAAUACAAAGAAUCGUUCAAGCCCCAUGACCAACCUGCCCCUGCUCACCACUCUGCUCACCCCCAACCACACCCUCAAGAUGGCCAUCGGCCGCUGGAAAACCUCCCAUUAA